AGGCUAAAAUUCUCCUUGGAUCCCAUGACAUCUUCCACAAGGCGAGAGAUAUUCUCUUGAACUGUUGAACAUAACAACUUACAAAAGUCACAAUGCUAGUAUGAUUAUGAGAUGAAGUAGCCGUUAGGCAACCUCUUUUUCCUCACUUGCUCAUCUUCUCAAGUCGGUGCGCAAAAUUCUACUGACUACUCAAUUGAAUUUCUCUCUCACAAACACACAAAUUUUGGUGCUUGAACAAACAACAAUGGCAUACACAGACGAAUCAGCAGUGGAGCAAAUUCUUGCAGAAGCAAUGGACCAUUGUGUUCUUGAACAAGUUGCCGCCAUUAAUUGCUCAUCUUUCUCUCACUCUCUUCUUCCUUCUCACCUUGAAUCUCGUUUCCAACGCCUCAAAACCUUUCCUUCUUCUUCUUCUCACCCAUCAAAACCCCACCUCGCUCCUGACUCAGCCAACGAGUUGAACAACUCAGUCAACGAGCCGAGCAACUCAGCCAACGAGCUGAGCAACUCAACUAAACCCAUUUCUGAUGAUUUUGAGAAAACCCCAGAAAAGGAGAGGAAUUCUAAAGGAAAAUCUCGAACUGGGUAUCUAUCUUCUCCAUCUGGGUCUUCGAAUUCUUCAUCUGGGUACUUAAAUUCCCCCAAAUUUAGGGUUAAACAAGGAGGUAAAAAGGAUAAAAAUAAUAAUUCUUCCAUAUCUAGUUCACUGUCUUCGGAUUCUUCUACAAAAAGAGGGGUGAAAACUGGUUGUUUCUGGUGUUCUCCAAAACGAGUUUCCAGGAAAAAGAGUGUCACUCGAAAUGGGGACUUUGAGCUGAGUGAUGAUUGGGGGAAACAUGAUGAAAUUUUGAGUGAUUUGAAGUCGUUUUCGUCGAAACAUCAGAAGAAAUUGAUGAAGAUUGCAAAAAAGGAGGAAGAUGAGAUUAAUAAAGAAGCAGAGAAGAUAGUUAAGUGGGCUAAACAAACUUCUGCAAGGUUGGAUUUUUCCGUAGUUAAUGAUGAUGAUCUUAGUGAUGAUAAUUUUGGGCUUUAUUGAUUCAGCAAAUAUUGGUUCAAAUAAUAAUAUUCCAAUAUGGUUUGGUUAUUUGUAGUAGUAGUAUUGUCAGUUAGUAGUUAUACUUUGGUUCUAUACUUGUUAAUUGUUACAUAGAAAGAAAACAGUUCUGCAAAUUGUGUAAAGAAGGAACUUUUUAUAUAGAAAUUGAGUUGCAAGACGCAUACUAUUUUAAUUCUAUUA